AUGUUCCGCCAAGCAUUCUCUACCUCCUCCCGAGCUCUACGCGCUGGCGUGACCAAGACCUCGGCGAACAUGUCCCUUCUCCGCCCCCAGUACCGCACAGCAGCUCCCGCAUACUCAUUACGCGCCGUCCAGCCCGCUUCGUCGCGGUGGUACAGUGAUGCCACGACAACCAAGGAGGAGGCAAAGACCGAGGAAGGGGCCGCUGCUGAGGCUGAUCCCCUGGCGCAAUUGAAGAAGGAGCUGGAGGCCAAGGAGACCGAGGCCCGCGACUGGAAGGACAAGUGCCUACGCACCGUGGCCGACUUUCGCAACCUCCAGGAGCGCACCGCGCGCGAAGUCAAGGACGCGAAACAGUACGCCAUCCAAAAGUUCGCCAAGGACCUCAUCGACAGCAUCGACAACUUUGACCGUGCCCUGACCACCGUCCCCGUCGAGAAGCUCAACAAGGACAACCCCGACCUCGCCAGUCUGCACGAAGGUGUCCAGAUGACCGAGACCAUCCUCAUGCAGACCCUCGCCAAGCACGGCCUGGAGCGCGUGUCCCCCGAGGGCGAAAAGUUCAACCCCAACGAGCACGAGGCCACUUUUAUGGCCCCGCAGCCCGACAAGGAGGACGGCAUGGUCUUCCACGUCCAGCAGAAGGGCUUCAAGCUCAAUGGCCGCACCCUGCGUGCUGCCAAGGUCGGCAUCGUCAAGAACAAAUAA